AAGAACACUCCACACCACAGAGCACAAGAAAAGUUUUGCAAAUAUUCCUUUUCUUCAGGCAGUUUAAAGGCCUGGAUCGGAUGCCCUGUGGGCAGCAAUAUUUAUCAGUCAUUUAGCUAAUGAGAUGAAACAAGGGAGCAUGGCUGCGGCGCUACUGUCAGAGACGGAGAUCAGGCAUCGGUCUAUGGCAGAGGAGGAUCCGAACGGGAAUGAACAUGGGUCGGCUGCGCGCAGCACCACACCUCGCUGGGGCCCGCAGCACGCCGGGGCCCGACAGCUCGCCAAGCUUUACUCUCCCGGCAUUUAUUCGCCCGUUCCGGGAGCACCACAUUGAUCCGACGGCUAUCACACGGCAUGACUUCAUAGAGACUAAUGGAGACAACUGCAUGAUCACCAUCCUGCCUCUGGCCCACAUGGCCUAUAAAUUCCUCUCCUACCCACCAGAUGCCCUUGCAGAGUCCUACCCCUGGGAAUGUUUUGUUUUUGCGUUGGCGGUUUUUGUAACCAUGACUAAUCAGAUCCACAAGUGGUCCCACUCCUACUUCGGCCUGCCACGCUGGGUCACACUACUGCAGGACUGCCACCUAGUGCUGCCACGGAAACACCACCGGAUCCAUCAUGUGUCGCCACAUGAGACGUACUACUGCAUCACCACAGGGUGGUUGAACUACCCACUGGACAGAGUGGGUUUUUGGCGGACAUUGGAGUGGUUGAUCGAGAGAUUGACGGGUCAGGGACCACGCAGUGAUGACAUGGCCUGGGCCAAGAAAACCGAGUAACCAGGAAAACAGGACUGAACCCCUCAUCCUCAUCCAUCUUUUCCCCCUGUUAAGGAGGAACGGAAACCGAAUAUGGGCCUUACCUCUGUAUCUCAAAACCUCUCUCCUGUAAUGUUCCUGUGUCCCUCCAUCUCCCCUAAACCGUCUUCUCCACAGCACAGAACCACAGAGCACUCUUACUGCUGGGGCCUUUCCCUGUCACAGGUCUGCUACACACAAGCCAUCACCUGUUCCUCCUCUGCUGGCUUCCUCCUCUGUUUUGUAGAUGUCCACGCGCAACGAAAUAAUACAAAGACAAGAUAAAGUUCAAAACGGUGGUUUCAAACUGUUGAGAUAAUGAUAAGAGACACUGUUCCUCUCACAAUCAUUUCCUCAAUCUCCAUGUGCUUUCUCGUUUCGGUGUGUAAAAUGUAUGUUUUCUGGAGGUUGGGCUCUCCAGAGGACCGAAACCAUGUUGUGAUUUUCCCAGCAUGGUUGUCAUAGCGGUGCAUGGAAUGAGAGAAGCAAUUAAAUGUGGAUUUGAUUCCAGAAACUGCAAAAAAAAGAUUUAUCGCUAUCUCAGACACUCUCCAGUUUCACAAAAGCAUCUCGGCAGUGUUAAAACCCUCCCUUAGUUUGGACCGAAGGACGCAUGGGGUAUCCAUUUCUCAAAACGCAAGGAAAGGGUUUUGUUGGCCAACCAGCGUGGUCAGUGCUCAGUUGACCCAACUGAAUGUUGUCCCUGAAUGUUUCUUACUGAGCUCGUGUUGGCCUUAAGUACUAACCCAUUACACUUAUUUCUAAUCAGCUUACCAGGGCUUAGCGGUGAUGAACAUUGAUUGCGCUGGUGUGUUAGUGUGACAUGUUAUUGAUAUUUGGAGUAGUAUUAGCAAUCUAGCUAGUGAUGUCCUCCUGCUGUAUCCUGUGGUACAAUAGUUUAGCAACGGUUCUAGCAAAAGGUCACUUUAGAAAAAGGUCAAUUUGAAUCUGAGUUACCAAGCUUUAUUAAAGAGAAUUAUUAAUGGGGUUUUUUUCUUAUUGAAUUAUAUAUGCACACUAUUUGACCAGUGGUACUUUUCAUGCAAACCUUAAGCAAAAAAACAGCCAAAUACACUCCCUAUUUUCUCUCUCACACAUAUUUACACAUGCACACUUACAGAUUUUAAUCACAAACUC